CGCCCCCCCUACUAGGCUACUCCCUCCCCUUCAAUGCUCCAUAUUUCCGUCCUCUGACCAUCUCUGUGCUCUCUCUCUCUAAAACCAAGAAAUUCUCUCUCUCUCUCUCUCUCUCUCUCUCACUUCCCAGCAGCUGAGAAACCGAGUUUCAAUCUUUCUUCAUCCCCCACACCCACCCGCCUGCCCAAAUCAGAUGCACAACGACUGGUUUUGGCUGGGGCUGCUCUGAUUGACAAUGGAGGCUGCCAGAGGGAAGAAUGACGUAGCAGCAGCAGAUUAUAUGGGCGAUGGGAUGAUGAUGUGCAGCGACCAUCCUUACCGGAAUAACCUCGGUGGCAUCUGCGCCUUCUGCCUCCAGGAGAAGCUCGGCAAGCUCGUCUCCUCCUCCUCCUCCUCUCCCUUCCCCUUCUCCAUCCCCAACCCCCACCACAACAACGUCAACUCCCCUUCCUCCUCCUGUUCCUCCCCGCCUUCCUUCUCCUCCUCCGACGUCGGUCCCUCUGCCACCACCAAUCCCGGCAAGACCCGCUACCCGGCCUUCGCCGCAAAUCCUUCUGUAAACCGCAAUCCCAUAAUCGAAAGCGAAGACUCGGGCGCCAGUAGGGCCCGUAUCCCCUUCCUCCUAGCCAGGAGGAAGAAGAAGAAGAAGCUUCCGGCGGGCCCCUCGAACAGCGGCCUGCCUGAGGCCGUCCUAAAGAGAAGCAAGUCCAGCGCGGGUCCCCGGACCGGGACAGGCCGGCAUUUCCUGGAAGUACCUGACGACGAGGAUGAAGAUUACUACAGCCCGAGGACCCGGAGAGGCGGCGGCGGAAGUGGGUUCUGGUCCUUCCUCCACCCAUCCGCCUCCUCCUCAUCCUCCUCCAAGUCGGGCGUAUCCCGGAAAGGAGAGAAGCCGUCCUUCUCGUCGGGAGGAGGGGACUCAAAGGCCGAGACCUUGACCGCUUUCGAGGAGAGCCCCCGUGUUGUUAAUUGGAAUGGCAAUCAGUUCCCGGUAUUCGAGAGGAAGGUAUCGAGGUCGAGGUCCGUUGGGUGCGGGAGCCGGAGCUUCUCCGGGGACUUCUUUGAGAGGAUCUCCACCGGGUUCGGGGACUGCACCCUUCGGCGGGUCGAGUCUCACCGGGAAGGCCACAACAACAACAGGACGCCGAAACAACCCGGCCAACCCCACCACCAACAGGCCCAGAAGAUGUACAAGUGCGGCGGGAUCUUCGGCGGGUUCAUGAUGAUCUCAGCUCCCUCUUCCGUCUCAUCCUACUGGGUCUCCUCCUCCACGAAUGCCGACGACCACCACCAGCACCAACAUCAUCAGGUUCCCAGAAAAUCAUCGGCCCUCGCGAAUGGCGGAAGCUCCCGGGCUAGGAGCUGGAGCUGGGCAUUCGCCAGCCCGAUGAGGGCCUUCGCCAAGCCUAGCAAGGACCAAAAGAGAGAGAUCAACAUCAUCAGGGACGGCUCCGGCAAGAACCCGGCCCCUAACCUCUCCGCAAUCCCUUCCCUAUUGACUGUCGGCGGCUAAAAUCAUCGUCACGAAGAAGGCGGAAAGAUCAUAAACACGGUCUCAUCUCAAGAAACACAGUGCCAAGUAGCAGCAGCAGUAGAACAAAUCAGACAUCAUGUGAGGGAAGGCUCAGGGAUGGUAUGAUGAAUCUGGUUUGACAGGUUGGAACUGCCAAGGAAUUGUUUGACCAUGGAAAAAUUGUCUGUUGGCUUUGGCUCCUUUAAAUGAAUGUGCAAUUGCAAGAGGUUUAUCUAUUAAAUAUAUAUUUUUUCUGUUUAGUUUUUUUUUGGGGGGAUUGAAGGUUGUAAUGAUUUUUUUGUAUUGAUCGAGGUUGUUGUUAUGUUAUGGGAGACAAAUACAUGGAUUUAAUAUUUCGCAAGCUCCAAGCUUUAGCAGUGGAUUCACA